AUGGCCACUGGAUUUUCCGUGACGCCUCGAAAGGAAGGUACUUGGACCAAACUCGUAAUAUUUGUCUCGCUAUACUGCUUGAUUCUCGAAUCUAUUUUGGAAUGGGUGCUGGUGCUUUAUUUAUACGGCAACCACUAUGUCGACUCAAAAAUGACAUUGAGCCUGGUUCUCUCCUUAGUGUCGUCAUUUUUUUCGGUACCACUCGUUUCGCUUCAAAGCCUAGUCGCCUGGCAAUAUAACAAGAUAGGUGGCUUCGGCGAGAAGAAGACAGUCUUGCACAAUGUCUGCACUUAUGUCUACCGACUUUGCGUCAUGCUUUGGCUUGCGACGUGUGUGACCGGUCUGGUAGUCGCCGCUCCGCAGAUUUACUGUCUGCCAUUGGGUAGCGACGCGACUUACUGGAGAGUGGGUAUUAGCUGUGCCUUCCACCGCGCCUCUGUGAUUGUGGCUGUUGUCACAUUGAUUACCGUCUGCACGCUCUACUGCGCAAGAGAGCUAUGCGAUCGACCGUACGAUGUUUCACUCAUUGGAAUAUACAAGCACAAGCCUAGACAAAUCCUCGAGGACGGCAGCAUCUUUUCCAGCCACAGCUGGGACAGUGACGAGACUCUGAAGAACGAAAUUCUGAACCUUUGCCGACAACACGAUGGAAUGGGCAAUGGAGAGCCGUGGUACAUUGACCCUUUGGCGAACAAGGUCAACUGCCAUCCAAGCAUCAAGCAUCCCGCACCUGUGCGCCUACGCCCGCAACUCACAGUUAACACGGAGCCUGGAUCUAUCUAUGGCGAGAUCGUGUCCGGAGUUACUGUGUCCCCCGAUGAUACUUGGCCUCGUCAUUCCCCAGGAGGCCAGACUGUCGCUAGUGACUUUUACCCGAUAUCACGUACUUCUACGGUUUUGACAAGUGACUCACGCCAUCUACUGUCCGACAUGACUGUGCCCCAGGUUCCUGAGAUCCCCGAGCAGUAUACCAGGGGUCCCACGCAUAAGAGAGGAAAGUCCUCGCUAUCUUCUCUUCGAAAAUUCCUCCCAAAGUCCUUCCCAUUAUCACUACCUCUGUCAUCGGAUCCGCAGAUUCGUGCCCUGGCAGAUCCCAACGCCGCCUCAGAUGUGGAGAAGCAGGUUGUCACGCCUUCUAUCAAGGAUGGCAUUGAAUCUAUCACCAAAGAGAAAUUAUCCAAUAGCUCAGACUCCUCCUUGCAGUCUACUGGAGUGCAAUCCACGACUCCUAUCACGCCCGCAUUUGUCAGGUCGGAGGCUCCUGCGCGAACAAUGACCAUGAACUCUGCGGACGCCCCAGAAGUUGUUCCACUACAGGACCUGCCAACCGAGCCAGUCAAGGUCCACAGAUCCCAGACAACUUCUUUCUCCAUUCACCAUCCACGCCAUCCAAACUAUAUACCAGGCCCAGUCCCCUCCCGCAACUACCCCAUGGCCUGUCGACAGAACACCACCAUUCUCCCGGCCCACACUGAUAUGAGACGAGGCAACUGCCGACAAGCACCCCUCAUGCAGAUGCCCACCCGAAGCAACUCCUACCAAUUCGACCAACAGUACAACCCACGCCACUCCCAAAGUCAAUACCAAAAAGUCUUUUCCUCCCAACUCCCUCAUUGGGGAAGCCAACACAUGUACGACCCCAGCCGCUCAGCCCCUUCACUAUCUGCGGUCUCUCGCCGCAAUGAUGUCGAGAUCAUCUACCCCAGUACCCGUCGAGCACGAAGUAGCACCCAUGGUGGGCCUAGCAACCCAUUAAGCUGCAUUCUGGAAUCAACGGACCCUCGAUUCUCGGUCGACUCACAUCGCAUGAACGCCGCUAUAUCACAAAACACCUAUCGAGGCGCUAAUCGCACCAGCAUGGCCUUGUACUAG